GUCAUCGUCUUCGUCCUCGUCGUCGUGCAUCCCCCUCCCUCAUCCUCCCUCGCUCCCUUCCGACGACGACUCUGUCUCACCGAGUGUCCACUUAUAUAAUCGCUAGCAGCAGACGUCUUUAAAGCGAUAGUCGUUUUGUUGACAAGUUCCUCGACCGACAGCUCGUUACGCGCGAGGAGGGAGCUUGGAAAAAGAAGAAGAAAAAAAAAUGGCGUCCCCUGCUCAAGUCAAGUCAAGGGAGCGGCGCAUGUCUUAAUUGGAAAAGAAUCGGAACAAGAGGCGACGUCGGAGGACAAGAGGAUCCGCGAGCCUUGGGCACAAAGGCGUAACGAAGAUAAAGUCAGGGCCUGCCGAUCGACGCUGCUCCCGGAUAUCUCGAUGUGCUGAAACGCGCUAUUAUUAACCCUCGGCGUUAACGUCGAAGAAGAUGGGCGUGCUUCUGAUGGCCGACGCGGCUUAUCCCCGGCUCAGCGGCAAUAGCGGAUCCGCGAUCGGUACCGAGAUCGAUAGCGACAACGGUAGCGGCGACAGCGGUACAGAUAACGCCACCCACCGAAGCUUCGGGGAGGGUCAACGAUAUUGCCGGCUCAGCAUGAAAGAGGUGAUGAUCACGAGCCCCGCUACCUGGAUGCCGCCGCCUCCUAAGAAGAAGUGGAUUCGGCAUUAUCUCCUCGAGGAGGAGCCGCUGGAUAGCAAUAAUCGCACCAAUGGCAACAGCCAUCACCACCAGCAACAGCAGCAACAGCAACAACAGCAGCAACAGCAGCAACAGCAGCAACAACAACAGCAGCAACAUCAACAGCAGCAUCAACAGCAACACGUGUUGGCGAUGCGCGGGGGCGGCGGCCUCAGUCCCUCGAUCGGUAUCUCGCCGCCCUCGACCAACAGCAGCAGCCACCUGACCACCCUCACCGCCAACCACCAACUACAUCACAAUAACCACGAGGGUACAGCGCCCCAGCACAAUCAGUACCUCGAUAAUCACAACUCGAAUCACAGCCAGAACUCGUCAGGAACCCUCUUCGUCGACGUCGAGACAGUACAGGACAAUAAGAAGCCUCGCAACGGGCCCUGCGUUAUUCGAUCGGGCACGAGAGAAGUGCACAACAAGCUUGAGAAGAACCGUCGGGCUCAUCUCAAGGAGUGCUUCGAACUAUUGAAGAAGCAGUUGCCCUCGCAAGACGAGAAGAAAUCGUCGAAUUUGUCUAUACUCCACGCGGCCAUACGACACAUACAGGCCUUGAGGAGAAAGGAGCGAGAUUACGAACACGAGAUGGAAAGACUCGCGAGAGAGAAAAUAACCGCGCAACAGAGAUUAGUGUCUUUGAAAAAGGAACUCGCCGCAACUUGGGAUCAUAUCGACUUUAGUACUCUGCUUCCGGAACACAAUUCCACGAUAGAGCCUAACGUUACGAAAAAUGCCUCGGAGAGCAUGGAGGUAGAUCCAACGAAUGGAGGCGGUGGAGGUGGCGGACUUGCGCGGGGCGGCACCAGGUACAGCAGUACGAGUAGUCUGAGCAGCGCGGCGACGGCCAACUCGCCUCAAACCCUUCAGACGAGCAACGGCACCGUGAGCGCCCACAACCAAGUGGCUACCGCCGCGGUCGUCUGUCAAACCCAAGGCCUCAACCUCGCCCAGAGCUCGAGGGAGAGCCCGCCGACGAGUUCCAGUCCAGGUGCCUCCACACCCAGCAUUCCCACGCCCGCUCAGGAGAAAGUGACGCAAACGAUAAUCCAACAGCCCCAGCAGUCCCAGCAGCAGCAUCAACAGCAGCAGCAGCAGCAGCAGCAGCAGAUUCCACAUACACAGCAUCAGCAGCAGGCUCCAGCUCAGCUGCAUCUCCCGAUAAGCGCUCAAAUGCUGAAUACGAGUCAAGGCCUGGCGACGAUAAUGCCAACGCUGCAGCAUCUCGGACCCGGACUCCGAGUCAUACCCGGUGACGGGCGUCAGCUCAUUGCCGUGCAGUCGAACGGUAGCGUAGGGGGAACGGGAAACGGUGAGCCGAGGCCCGUCGCCUUGGUCGUGCACUCGACCGCGGCCAACAGCGAUAACCGGGUUACGUUCGUCCACUCGACGAGCGGCGACCGGCCCCUCGCUCUGGCUGUUCAGUCCCCUGGCAACGACGUCAGGCCCGUCACAUUCGUCUCGGGCAACGAUGCCAGGCCCAUCGUCCUGGCAACCACCCACACUCCCACCAUUAACGUCACCAGUGCUCAGACAAGGAUAAGAACAGCCGAUGCCGCUCAAACGACUCACAAAAUGGUUGGUGGAGUGGCUUUAGUCGGUGGUUCUGGUUCCGAAUUAGCGAGAUUACCUGGUGGCGCGGAGCUAAACAUUCUCCCAGCAAAUGGCGUUUUUCGGUCGGUGAAGGCGCAGCCUCUAACCGUACAAGGAGGCUUAACCCUGAGUCAUGCGAAUGUCUCCCUCCAAACGAACAACAAGGCAACGCCGACGACGCCAAACACGAGUAUUGUCCAACAGCAGCACCACCAAACCGGUAGCAACGGCGGACACGUGUCGACGUCGAGCGGACAUCAGCAACAGCAGCAGCAUCAUCACCAUCAUCACGAAGCUCUGGCCUCGGGUUGUCAUCUCGUGGCUUCGGGCCACCAGCCGCUCGCCGGCCUCACGCCCAUCGUCGCCCCAAUGACGGUCGUCUCUCAAGGCAGUAACCAGGUGAUCCUCGCGCCGAGCUCCCUUACCGGCAAGAUGAUCGGCACGCCCCUGCUGAAAUCCGUCGGCCAGGGCCACUUGCCGCUGACGGUCAACGCUCAGUACCUCAACAGUCUGGUGAAGCCCGUGGUCGUCGUCAGCAGCAAUCACCAGCAGCAGUCGCAGCAGCAGCAGACUGGCCCUGGGAACGCGUCCACGGGUUCUCAAUCGGCGGUCUGACAGGCGGGCGCUCAGCCGCUCGGGUCCGUCUGAGACAAGGGCAGCCGAGCCACCAAGAUUAGCCGAACGCUCGUAGUGGCGAAUGCGACUGGCGCGGGCCAACUCCUCGGGCAUGGCACUAGCAGGAGCGUGAUCGCGAGAGCCGUGUAGACAUUGCCCGUCGUCAGGACGCGCGCCCCACGGCGGCGAUUCCCUUACCAGGUGUGAAUAAAACAGUGGCCCAAGCCCUUGAGCGUCGAAACAGUUGUAUUCCGAGUUUCUAUUUAUCGAGGAAUAAUGGGUUACAUUAGCUUGUUGUGCCUGUCAAAUGUCCUGGCGCAACCUUACGCGCUUCGCCACUUUAUCCUUCGUGAAUGCAUCGUAAUAAACCUGAACCAGCUCCAGCGGCAUCGAGUGACCGUGCUUUGGCACUUGGAGGAGCGAUCUCCUCGUCGCAGUUGAUAUAUCCAUCACAGCUGACUUUGACAAUGUCAAUACGAAAUCCCACAUAGGCAUCUCCUUCCCUCCUCUUUGCACUCGAAAGAGGAAAUAUUUUAUAUGUCUGCAGCACGAAUACGCCUGCAUGAAGAACGCGUUCGCCAUUCGUGGUAACAGUUGCAACACUCGUAACUGUGUCGCGAUUUUGGCUCGAUACUACUUUCCCAUGGCCCUUAAUGGGGAACCUUGAGGGGACGCUUGGAGCAGAUUUAUACCCUUAACGGGUAUGGUAUAGUCUCCAUUGUCACGCAUCCUAUAAUAUAAAUUUGAUGUAAAAGUUACAUCGCGUGGCUGAAAGACUUGCGGCAAUUAAC